AUGUCUCGAAAGCGACGUAAUACUUCUUCUCCCGAGCCUGGGGAUCUUCCUUUGCCGAAACGCCAGGCCUCGAAAGACGUCCACAAUGUUUGGGAGGACUCGGACGAAGAAGACGAGGAUCUCGAGGAAACCCCUUAUGUCGGAGAAUACUCUGGACAGGCUGGGGCAUUCCCUGGCCUUGGUUGCGACGACGAAGAACUCUUCUAUGGCCCAGCCGCGGAUGGAAUUGAUUACCUCCGCAUGGUUCGAUCCGAAGCCAAAGGCGUUCCUCACAUCCUGACGGCACCGACAAACCAAUUGGAAGAUCCACAUGCAAUACCAGAAGAAGGCGGUUAUUACUACGAUGGAGCAUAUACUGGGGUGGCAAAGGCUUCUGUCGCUAGCCAACCGACGUAUCCUCUGGCCCAGCAGUACUAUUACGACUCGCUGCUCACGCAAUUUCGUUUGGUGCAAGCCACAAUGCGGUGCACUCCUCCAUUGUCCAGCAUCGAAGAGCUGGCUUCUUCACAGUUCAUUUCCUUUCCAGCGUCGACGCGGAAGGCGCGCGCACAAUGGGAGGCUCACAUGCGAGCUUGCAAUCCUCACCCUGUUCAGGUUGCCUGUUUUGAUCCGGAGACGGUUUUGGAGUUGGUGAGGUUUCUUCGAAUGAAGCUAAACCAUUUUCUUUUCAGCAAGGACGAAUCAUUGACUGGUCGCAUUGGCGCCUGGGCUUGGGCAAUAUUAGGAAAAUGUAGAGAUCGAGGAGAGUUGUCUAGUGAUGACAUUGGAGAACUUCGAGCGCUGGCACAGAGAGCACUGCAAAUACUCCAGAAAACAACGGAUGGAGUGAUUGAGGACUCAUGUCCGUCCGAAACUGGAGAAUCUCACGAGGGAGAACUUCAAGGGGCCGAAGGAAUGGGAAGCUCAGAGAUGGAUAGUUUGACCAAGAUGACCUUGGACAUGAUCAUUACUGUCGUGGGCGAAGUCUAUGGCCAGCGAGACCUUUUGGAUCUCCGGACGAACUGGAACGAGGCUUCUGGGAUGGUGUGA